AUGUGGGACCCGACAGAAGGCCAUGCAAAAUCAGGUCAGUGUCCGGCAAUCGGAUCAACGUGCAAAUACUGUCACAAGAAAGACCAUUGGAUAGCCGUGUGCAGAAAACGUACAAAAGGAGUUAAUGCACUACAGGAGACAGAUAGUGAAAUCAAUUCUUCAGAUGAAGAUGUACUUCACAUAUACAGUGCACAGGAUGACAGUUCCAAGACUAAUGAUAAGUGGGUAGUAAAAGCAACCAUUAACAGUAAGCCUGUUAAAUUCAGGAUAGACACUGGGGCAAAGUCUUCAAUCAUUGUCAAAUCAGUGUUCGACUCUCUAGGAUCUCAUGCACCUACUUACAAGAGCACUAAAGUUUUAAAGUCCUACACUAAUCAUAGGAUCCGUCCCUUAUAUAGUGUUAACCUUCCAAUCAAACAUAAGGGGAGACAAGUGAAUACACAAUUUGAAAUUGUAGAGUUGGAACAAGAGAACAUUAUCAGUGGUGAUGUCGCAGAAAAACUAAAUCUGAUUGAAAGGAUUCAGAAACUGGAUAACGGGAUUGAUAAUCAUCCAGAAUACAAGUUCAAAGACUUUCCCGAGUUGAUUAAAACUUCUGGAACUCUACCUGGAGAACACAACAUUGAAAUAGAUCCAGACGCUGAGGGGGUUAUUCAUGCACCUCGUAGACAGCCAGCAUCACUGAAACCAAGGAUCAUAGAAAAGCUUAAGGAGAUGGAACAGAACGGCUACAUUAUAAAGGUAGAUACUCCAACUGAAUGGGUCAGUUCGAUGGUCGUGUCAAUGAGAAACGAUAAGAUUCGAAUCUGUCUGGAUCCAUCCGACCUGAACAAAGUUGUAAAGAGAGCUCACCACCCCAUGAAAACAGUCGAGGAUAUCGUUUCAAACAUACCAAAUGCCCGUGUUUUCUCAAAGCUGGAUGCUAAGUCAGGAUUCCUCCAAAUUAAGCUGAAUGAGAAAUCAUCAUACCUAACAACCUUCAAUACUCCAAUAGGAAGGUACAGAUGGCUGCGUCUUCCAUUUGGCAUUAAAUCCGCUCCUGAAAUCUUUCAGCAUAUCAUGGAUCAGAUGCUUGAAGGGAUAGAAGGUGCAGCAGCAGUGAUGGAUGACAUACUUAUAGGUGGAAGAGAUGUAGAACAGCAUGAUCAGAUAUUCAGAAGAGUCGUUGAGAGAGCUACACAGUAUAACCUGAAGCUUAAUUAUGACAAAUGUGAAAUCAGACAACCGCAGGUUUCAUAUGUAGGACACUUGAUUACAGAGAAUGGUAUUAAGCCAGACCCGAACAAAGUCCGAGCUCUAGUUGACAUGCCAAGGCCAAAGGAUAAGGAAGGAGUAAGACGUUUCUUAGGUCUGGUUCAGUAUUUAGCCAAAUUUAUACCAAAUUUGAGUCAAGUUGAUGCACCACUCAGAGUACUAGUGAAGUCAGAAACUGAAUUUACGUGGCAUCAUGAGCAAGAAAACUGCUUCAGUGAACUCAAAAGACGUUGUAGUAGACAACCUGUGCUUGCAUUUUAUGACAUCAACAAGCCAGUGGAGAUUCAGUGUGAUGCAUCAAAGGAUGGACUUGGAGCAGUGCUAAUCCAAGCGGGACGCCCGGUCGCAUACUCAUCUCGCUCGCUCACAGACACAGAGAAGCGCUAUGCGCAGAUAGAAAAAGAGAUGUUGUCCAUUGUUCAUGCAGCAACAAAGUUCCAUUGUUAUAUACUUGGAAAAGAAACUAUUGUCUAUAAUGACCAUAAGCCACUGGAAAUGAUCUUCCAGAAGCCACUAGCAUCCACACCAAUGAGGUUGCAGAAAAUGCUGCUGAGGCUUCAGUGGUAUAACGUAAAAGUUCGUUACCGUAAAGGAAAGGAUAUGACAGUUGCUGAUGCUCUAUCCAGAGAGUAUUUACCCGAGGCUGAUCCGGAGAUAGAGACUCUAGAAAACAUCAAUAUGUUCGACAUGUUAGAUGUCACUCCAGAUCGCUACUUGGACAUAGCCCAUCGUACCAGAAUAGAAUUGUCAGACCUUUGUAGCAUGAUAGUACAUGGAUGGCCAGACAUUAAAUCCGAGACACUUCUUAGCGUCAGAGAGUACUGGGAUUCUAGGGAUUUGUUAUCAGUCACAGAUGGCAUAGUCUACAAAGGAUUGAGGAUCGUUAUACCUCCAAGUCUACGAAGCCACAUGCUGAAACUAAUUCAUGAGUCACAUUUAGGAAUUGUCAAGUGCAAACAGAGGGCAAGAGAAGUCAUGUAUUGGCCUGCCAUGAAUACAGCCAUUGAAGAGGAAGUCAGGAAUUGUUCAAAAUGUGCCAUGUACCAAAACAAACAGAGUCGUGAACCACUUAAGCCAACAAAUACACCUGAGAUUCCUUAUGGGGAAGUUGGAUGUGAUUUGUUUGAAUUUGAACAGAAGAAGUAUCUUAUGAUAGUGGACUACCAUUCCAGAUACUUUGACACGAUUGAACUGAAAUCCACAACAACAUCAGCGGUUGUUAAUGCUAUGAAAGCUACGUUUAGUUGUCACGGGAUUCCAAUGAAACUGCGGUCAGACAAUGGGCCUCCAUUUAAUUCACGAGAAUUCCAUUUGUUUUGCGACCAAUAUGGAAUACAACACAUCACGUCAAGUCCCCAUUUCCAAAGUUCCAAUGGAGAAGCAGAGAGAGCAAUACAGACAGUUAAGAAACUAUGA